CGUGACAUUGGCCGCCAUUUAAAGUUUGCAGGUUGUGUGCACUGUUCAAAACUGAGAUUCAACGAUUCAUUGUCGCUAAACGGAUGACACGGGCACUGUUGUGUUGUGCAGUUAUGGAACUUAGCCUUUAGUGCCUUUGCUCGAACUGAAUUACCUGGAAUUCAUUGAUUCUGUACGGACAUACAGGCUAGCUUUCCUACAAGCACCGUGGGACAAGAAGCAAGAUGGCGGGAUCUAUAAGCCCAGUGUUAUCGCUCCAACGAUGUGACGAAGAUAUUGACUUGUUAUCUGAGCUAUUGGGUUCAAAUUCAAAUGCAUCAAGCAAUGAUAGUUUAGAUAUUACAGAAAGUCUACUUAGCGAUGACAUCGAUGAUCUUACCGGUUAUCUCUGCAGGAACUCGAAAUGUCUCAAUCGGGGUGGGAAUUCGUGCUCUACGGCCGAGCAGCUAGAAUGCCUGGAUAAUCUAAAUUUAGAUUGUCCCGACAGUAACACUUUAAUGUACCCUGUUCGCGACAGUCCGAUGCACACGGCGAUAAAGGAUGACUGCUCCAAAGUACGUAAUCCUAUAACAGCCAAUGGUAAAGAGCGACCUGAAGCAUUGUAUACUGUAAUCACUCAGAUGGAACCAAAAUCUAUGAACAAGAAUGCUGUAGCCGCCAGGGAAAAUAGACAAAAGAGAAAGAAGUAUGUUGAAAACAUCGAAAAAGAAGUAGCACAACUUCGAGAGGAAAAUGCAGCACUUAAGAUGAAAGUGUCUUGUCAAGAUGGAAGUGUAGAGAAACUAAAUGAGCAAGUGAAGUAUUUGCAAAGUGUUAUUGCAAAUCAGUCAACCAUAUCGGCCUUGUUGCAGAACAUUCAAAAUACAGCUGACGUCACACUGAAAUCAUCCUGGGCAGCCUUGGGGAAACAAACUGUUCCAUGUUCAACCAAGACACAGAGCAAGAAGAAAAAUGUUGAAAACUGCAAGUCUCGUCUACGUAAAUCAAAGCGUAAGUGUGUGUUUGAGUCAGAAAGUGUGUUGAGUCCAGAUAAGAAGGUGUGUUUUGAGAAGGAAAACACAGAUGGUAACGUCCGGCUUCCCAGUGGUUCAGAGUCCAGUCCAAGUGUAAAGAGGGAGGUGAUAAGUAACAGCACUACUGAGACAGAUGAAGAUGUGUUCCACUUAAACCAACAUACCAUUGCUGGUGUGUGCCUCCAUGUGUCUGGGAAGCAAGUUUCUCUUGAGUUCUGUUCAGCCUGCAACAAGAUGGCCUCCACAACAAGAUUCUUGGAUGAUCACAGUUAUGUCCGACCAUCAACAGACGUUGAAUGAAUAUCAUUCUCUUAAUGUCAUGUAUCCAUUUUUAUGUACAGUGUAGAUUUUCAUUUACGGCUGAAGCAAUACACUAAUAACCACAAUGCUGAUGCGCCAAUUCUGAAUUUAGUUGACUGAAUGUAUCUCAUUUUCAUAUACAGAGGGUGAAAAGGUGUAUGUUUUUCUUGAAUCAGUGCACGAUAUUAUGCAUCAUUUUAUAGAAGUGAAUUGUUUCAGCCUUAUUUUGAUAGGAAUAAGAUCAUGUAUAUAUUACUUAUGCCUUGAGAAUAAGUGGUUUGUUAUUGAGGAUUGUCGUAUGGGUAAUCCUGGUUGAUGGGGUGUGUAAAAUGUUAAGUACGACGAUGCUUGUGACAAGUCACUUGUUCACAAGUCCAGCAUUGAUGUUGAUGUCACAUGUGUAGGUUAUAAACUAAACAAUAUCAUUUACCUUUCCAGCCUUCAAAGCUAGACCAAUCUCUAGACAUGAAGUUGCAAUACUUCUGGAUUGACGGUGUAGUAUAAGACAUAAAUGGUCGGUUUCUGUUACAUUGGAUUUCAUUAGUCAAAAGAGAACAGCCAAUUUCCUAUUGAAUAACGAAAGAAAUGAAUUUUAUCCAUAUAUGUGUUCCAAACAGAUCAAUUUUGAAGGGCCGCAGUAAUUCAGGUGUUAUAAUCAACAUGACCAAGUUAUGCUAAGAACUUAUGCUUUAUGACCCUAGAUAGCAUCAUGCUACAUUUUAGAAAAUGUUUGCAAUAUACUAUUUAUAUUAGGUAACCCUUAUGUGAUAUGCUAUGAAUUCCUGUCAUGUGUAUGUUCAGUUGGAAAUGGGCUGUUGUCUUUCCAUUGUUUGAUGUAUGUUCUAAUCACUCCCUGUCCCCACCCUUACUGGCAAUAGAAACGUCGUAGUUAAAACUUAGGAAAAGUUAAGAUGCAAACUUAAAGGACAAAUAUCUUCUGUAUAAUGUGUGGAUAGUUUGGGUCAAAUACUUCAUGAGUGAAUAUCCAUAUUGGAAUCAUGAUUUUAUGAUGUGUACAGUAAACUUGUCAAAGUCAGAAUUCUGGGAAUUGAUUAUCCAUUGUGUAAGAGACCACCUCCGUGGUCUAGUGGUAGAUCAUCUGUCCUGAGAGCGGGGGUUUGAUCCCCGGUCGUAUUCAUACCAAAAGACAUUAAGAUAUGGUACUACUUGUUACCCAGCCUUGUGCCAGGCAUUGAGGGGCAGUUUCAAGGACUAGUCAGCUCGGUGUCAGUAUACUGUGUCUAAGUGGGGUAUUUAUGGUAAACUGAGGCAUGGUAUCUCAGUAGGCUAGCACUAUAAAAUCGGCAUUAGUCCAGUAUAGUACAAGCAGCCACACACACAUGCAUGCACAUCUCUAUAUAAGUGCAAUAAUCUUGAAUGUGACGUUAAACCCCAUUCCACCUGACAUCACCAUUGUAAGACAAUGUAAGAUGAAAUAUGAUUGGGUUUUUUUAAACAUUAAGGCAAUAGGCUAGAUCACAUCUUAAUCUUUCAAUUCCCCCACUCCCAGCCCUCACUUGUUUCGAUUGAUGAGAUAUUAACCAUAUUCUCUCUUUUCUUUUUCAGGGAGGUCAGUAAUGAAUGACCUUUGACAUUGGUUGAGAAGCGAUGAUCCCAAUCCCUUUAUUUUCACAGUUACCAAUGUGUUGAUGCUGGAUCCUUUAGAGUGGCAUGACCUUCAUAUCACCCGCCUGAAGGUCACGUAAGUAUAGGGACAGUAAGUAACCUAGGUUAGCUUGGUUAGGUUUCAAAAUAUUUAUUACUUAUUUACAUAUAUUAAUUCUUGAUUUCUUGUAAAUGCUAUUAAGUGGGUCCCAUGUAAAUGAUGUGAGAGUUGACCAUGUUGACAUUUCACUAAAAGUCACUUUAAUUUCAUUGUCUGUAUUGGAAUUCUGAGAAAAAUGAUUCAGUAAUCACCAUAGUCCUGGCACCCGAAAAAACUCUUAUGAAAUAAUUCUACUUUUCAGUCAUUGUCAUCAGAACUUCAUAAGUUCUGUUCUGUAACCACCAUCACCACCAUGUGUACCUUAAAAGUCUGGAAAAUGUGAAUGGGCUGGGAUGGGAGUUCACUAGAAAUGUAAUUCUAUGACGUUUUAAGCCACAUGGAGGUAAUGCUUACAAGUGUGUAAGGCACCAGUAAAUUAUUGUAACUAAAAUGUAGUUAUGAAGAUUGGAGUCGGACAUCAGAUUACUAGGGCUGCAGACAAUGUUGAUUCCUGACUAAGUGAAUGUCAUGUUUUGUAUGUCAUUGUUAUGAUUGUCAUGUCUGUAAAAGGAAAAGUAUUAAAUGAUAAAAUUGAAA